AUGCCUUCUAACGAACAAUCAAUCACUUUACCAACUGGGAAGUCCGUCAAAAUCUAUACGGGUCUAUUCAUUAAUAAUGAAUUCGUCGAUGCAAUUGAUGGAAAACAGUUUGAAGUGAUUAAUCCUUCAACAGGGAAACCAAUUACAACUGUUGCAGAAGCGUUUGCAAACGACGUUGAUAAGGCUGUUGACGCUGCUACAGAAGCUUUUGAUAAAGUUUGGAAAAAUGUCCAAGCGUCAGAACGUGGUCGAUUGCUUAAUAGAUUGGCCGAUUUGAUUGAACGUGACCUCGAAGAGAUCGCUGCUAUCGAAUCUCUUAACAAUGGAAAAGCUUUUUCCGUUUCUAAAACUAAUGAUAUCCCGGGUGCCAUCGAAACUUAUAGAUACUUUGCCGGCUUUGCUGAUAAAAUUCAUGGCAAGACGUAUGACAAUGAUCAUGAUAAAUUUAGCUACACGCGUCGUGAGCCGUUUGGAGUUUGCGGUGCUAUUAUUCCAUGGAAUUUCCCUAUUGUAAUGCAAUCUUGGAAAUUGGCCCCAGCUCUAGCAUGUGGCAAUACUGUUGUAUUAAAAACAUCAGAAUAUACUCCAUUGAGUGGUUUAAAAGUUGCUGCUUUAAUUAAAGAAGCCGGAUUUCCAAAAGGUGUUGUAAACAUCUUAUCGGGAUACGGUCCUACGGCUGGUGCCGCUAUUGCAUCUCAUAUGAAAAUUCAUAAAAUUGGUUUUACCGGUUCUACCGUCGUUGGUAAACAAAUUCUCAAGUCAUCAGCAGAUUCCAAUUUAAAGAGUGUCUCGUUAGAAUUGGGAGGAAAAUCUCCAAACAUUAUUUUUGAUGAUGCAAAUCUGGAAGAGGCAAUUAAAUGGUCACAUAUGGGAAUAUUUUUUAAUCAUGGUCAAUGUUGUUGCGCCGGUUCACGCGUUUAUGUACAAGAUACUAUUUAUGACAAAUUUUUAGAAAAAUUUAAAGUUCUUUCUGAAAAUAUUAAAAUCGGUGAUCCUUUUAAAGGGGAUACUGAUCAAGGACCUCAAAUUUCUCAAAUUCAAUUUGAUAGAAUUAUGUCAUAUAUUGAAGCUGGAAAGAAAGAAGGCGCUAAUUUGUUAAUGGGUGGUGAAAGAUGCGGUAAAGAAGGAUACUUUAUCAAACCAACCAUCUUCACAGACGUGAAUGAGAAGAUGUCCAUCAUGCAAGAUGAAAUCUUUGGUCCUGUGGCAGCAAUAGCGAAAUUUUCUACCGUUGAAGAAGUUAUUGAAAAGGCUCAUUUAACUAGAUAUGGUUUGGCUGCUGCAGUAUUUACUCAAGAUAUUACACGUGCUUUGCAAAUAUCUAACGAGCUAAAGGCUGGAACUGUUUGGGUUAAUUGUUACAACUUAUUUGACUCAUACACAUCAUUUGGAGGGUAUAAAGAAUCAGGAAUAGGUCGUGAAGGAGGAAAAUUCGCUAUUCAACAAUAUACUCAAGUCAAAUCUGUACACGUUAAUUUGGGAAAAAAGUUGUGA